GCGCCUUUUGUUUCAACUGAAAACUUAUGUUUUGAAACUCACUCUUUGUCGUAGUUCCAAAAGCGCCUCCUAAGUGGUUUCUAAGGGCUAGUCUGGCUAAAAUUGCCCUGCAGUUUGUUUACUAUAGCUUACACAUGAAUUUAUGAUAAACGUAAGAGAUAAAAAGUUAAUAUUGUGAAAUCUUGGACUUGAAGUGCUGAUUCUCGCAGAGGUGCGAAGGAACUUUAUUGGAGCGAGAACCGCAAGAAACAGUUUGAUGUUGAUUCUGAACCACGUGCUUCUUCAACAAGGAAACUGCUGAAGUAUCUACAUGUACUAGGAUAGUGUGAUGAAUAAUUAACCUCUGGGCCUAGACAGCAUAGGAUGUGCAAAAGGAGGACCAAACUAAACCACACGCAUACCUGAGGUAAAAUCAGGAAAAUAACAAAUUGCAACCAGGUCGCGUUUCACGGCCCAGAGAAGCCUACCCCCCCAGUUUACACCCUACGUAUAGUUUGGAAAUCCCAGCCUCUUCUCAGAAGGAAGUGAAUACGACGAACGCUUUUGUUUGGACGGACCAAGCGCGACAAAGUUGCUUGAAUGUGAAAGAAAAACAUCCACGCAUGGCACGUACUGAUGCUGGCAUAGGUUCUGAAUACAGAGCUUGGUGUGGAUAUUAGCCCGGGGAAACUGUCGUUUAGUGUGUGCCACUUGUAAAUACAACUGAACUCAGAUAAGUGGCCGGAAACUCCAGAAACUUGGUGACUAAUAUCUGACCGCAACGUCCAGGACCCUUACCAGAUUAAGGGAUGAUUAAGGGAUAAGGGAUAUUGGAGUUAUUUCACCUGGCCGAGGUGUUUGUAACGAACGUUAACAGGCAUUGCAUACUGGGUCCGAUCUGUUACUUAGCAUAGGACCGUCUCGACAGUAUAGUGAGGUGCUUUAAAAGCGCGUCUGUCCAAUAAAACGCAGGGUUUAGCCUGGUUAAUCAGACCAAAUCGUGCCGAAGCCAAAUGUUAUACCUGCAGACAAAUUCAGCGGACAGUUGAAAAAAAGAAAGAAAGAAAACUAUAAUAUUUCAUCAGCAGACAUGUCACACAGACAGCUCCCCCCGGGCCCCUGGACGCACUGCCGUGCCCCACCCAUGCCGAUGAUUAUCGACGCCGAAGACUCUGGAUCCUCCGUGGGGAUGAUACCCCAAGCAUGCAUGGUUUUCCGUUCAUUGCCACCAACCCCUGAACACAGCGUCCGUGCCGGCAGCGCCGCUCCUAGGGGAGCCUCCACAGACAGCGAGUCCAGCGUCACUGACGGGGCUUACGACGUCAUUUACCCCCCGGGGGCGGGGCUUGGAGGGGGUGGACCCCGGGGCGUAGGCGAACCACCCCAAGGGGCGGGUCCCCCCUUGUUUAUACCGCGAAACGAUUCACAGUUCACAGUUACUAGUGGCCGGUCUCUCUUAUCGGACCCUGGGGAGUAUAACGUGAGUCACCUCGAAAAACUUAGAUACGAACACAUAUGCAUAUGCCGCCGAACAUUUGUUUUGAUUUUUGUGUGUAUAUACACCUUUCUCUUACUUUCGACCAGCGCUUUCUGCUUGUGGUUUUACUUGAACUACACCAGUGAACGAAUGGACAAUAUGAGCAGCAUACAAAGACUGAAACAAAAUAACAGUCCACCAACGGUGUGCGUGCCUUGCCAAAAACUUGCCCGGGAGACCAAAGCUGAUAUCUCGCUAUUAAAAACUUAUACGGAUCGAAAUGUAUGCAAAGUUCGCACGGAUCUAGCCAAACCGCUGGUCCUGAACCUUGAGGGGAGUAUCUGCACCAGCAACGCAUCUGAAAUCACGGAAUUGAUGAAGUCGGUGGUCAUGUCAGAGUUCGGUCGUGACUUUCAUCACAAACAGAACGACAUGGAAGAAAAAAUCACUACAAUCCAAGAACGCCUUGACGCGCUAGGCCAUAUAAACAGUUCCAGACCUUUCAAUAUCCCACUGGUCACUCCGCUGCCCAGGACAACGACCACGAAGCGUCCAACACCUGUGGCUCACGUCAUCGGCACGUGCAGUAAAACGUCUCCGGGGACACGAGGUUCUGAUUGCGAAUUACACUGGGAAGAUGACCCAAGCAGCUCACAAAGCCACAUUAAUAAGGGCGGCGUGACGCUGGAAGAUGGCUACCUAAAGGUUCCUCGUCCCGGUUACUACUACGUCUACAGUCAACUCUGUUUCAACGUGCACACAAAUCGGCAAGGCCACGCCACGUUCGAACACUUUCUACAGAGAAACUGUGCAAUUCCCUUAUCGGACAACCGUCAUAUCUUGUUCCAAAACUGGAAGCACAUCAACCUGCAGACCAGUCAUGAACACUGCAGUUACCUUGGCGGCGUGGUCGAAAUGGUCAGAGGGUGUGGGGUGGUGGUCACUGUUACAGGUGGCCAGUUCUUGACCCCUAAUAAGCAUAUGAAUUACUUUGGUCUGUAUUUCAUCGAGGGUAAAGAACAGAUGUAAGGGGGAGACCAGUGUGACGUCAGAGACCAGCGUGACGUCAAAAACCAGUGUGACGUCAAAAACCAGCGUGACGUAAAAAAUGCUGUCCCAUCUUUACAUGACAGCUAAGAGAGAAGGGAGCCUUUUUAAUCGAGAGGAGGGCAUACGAUAUCAUUGCGCUAGCGCAUGUUGUGUAUUGCCGUUAAAAAAAUCUACAUUUUAGUCUCCUGCACAUUGCUCAUGCAUUCUUUUUCUAAGGUAGUCUACCUGUCAUAUCUUUAGGCUGGUAGCUAUCUGAAAAUGAUUAGUAUUAACCAAGUCGCUUUUUUAUUUGAUAUAAGACAGACUGUAUAUAUUUUGGUAUAACGUUUUCUUUUUUUAAUUUUUCAUAACGAACUGGGCAGAGUUUACAUCUUGCCUUCAACUUAAAAAACCGGCCAAUACUUCAUGUCCACUGUAUAUUUCACAAUGUCCUCUGUCCAGUAGUUGUGGUCAGUGUCACCUGUCCAGUAUCAGAGGUCAGUUGGACGAGUCACAACACUGUGGUCAGUCAUCCAUGCCCCAUGAUUCAUAACAUAAGUCACAUUCAUGUUUGAGAUGGCAUCGCUUUAAUUCUACGACAAAUGUAGAUGCUGCCGAGAUUGUAUAUGUUAUAUUGGUGCUUAAGACAUUUAUCAUAUGUGUUUUAAAAAUUACACGCUUCUUUGUGGAGGUGCGUGGGUGGGGUGGGGGUAGGUAGGUCACUGAUUCACACAGGGUAAUUUAACAUG